AUGUCAGGUAGGCUGGGAUUUUAUGAAGAAGGAGCGAGUUCAGAAGGUAUGAAUCCUUCAUCGCAGUACUCUUUCUUUCCCUCAUCUUCUGAGCAAAAAGGUGCUUUACCUUACACCUACCACCGGCAAGAAGCUGAGGAAUCUCUGAGAUGUGCUCAACCUGAGCUCAUGCCGGACUCUUCGCCCAACAACAAUGGAGAUGGGGAGGAGACUAAUGACUCGGAUGAUCAUAUUGUUCUUCGCCGAGGAGGAGAAGGCAGUAGUAUGGCUGGAAACUCUAUCUUUAUCCAGAGGGAGCACAUGUUUGACAAGGUAGUGACACCAAGCGAUGUGGGCAAGCUCAAUCGAUUAGUCAUUCCAAAACAAUUUGCAGAAAAGUAUUUCCCCUUAGAUUCGUCGGCGAACGAGAAAGGACUUCUGUUGAAUUUCGAGGAUAGAAAUGGAAAGCCAUGGCGAUUCAGGUACUCCUACUGGAACAGCAGCCAAAGCUAUGUAAUGACCAAAGGAUGGAGCCGCUUUGUUAAGGAAAAGAAGCUUGAUGCAGGUGACACUGUUUCUUUUCAGCGUGGGGUCGGCGAGUUGGGAAAGGAUCGAUUAUUCAUUGAUUGGAGGCGCCGUCCAGAUGCUCUUGACCUUUCUCCUCCUAUCCCUCCUCUCUCAAUUCCACAUCAAUUCUCUUUCCACAGGACUCUUCACCCGUGGAAUCCUCUAUAUUUUCAGUCACAAGGGCCACCAUUGACCAGGGAUUAUUCACACUUUAUGCAACCCAACGUCAAUACUCAUCAAUCUCAUCCAAACAAUACAUAUGGAUAUGGUAAUGGGCCUUACGGUUAUAGUGGUAACGUUAUAACCGGAAACCCUUGUUCCACUGGCUCGAUUGUCUACGUUAGAUCGGCUGCCGGAGCUGGAGCUGGAGCUGGAGCUGGAACUGGAGCAUUAGACCCACAUCAGCACGGAAUGGUGCAGAUGCAAAGGGGAGGUGGGGUUGGGGUUGAGCAAAUGGUGUUUGAAUCGGUGCCUGUGGUCCAAGGGAAGUCUGCAGCAAAGCGACUCAGGCUGUUUGGUGUGAACAUGGAGUGUCCCAUUUCGGAGUCAGAUGAAUGUGAUAUAUUGUCGUCCACAACAGUAACACAUUCAACAAUGGAACUUCAGCCUCCCCCUUUUGAUUCCUCUUCAUUUCCUAAAUCAUUUUCUUUUCACCAGUCAAGGCCCCAAACUGUGCCCUCGGACCUGCUCAACAAGGGCAAGGGUUCUAUGUCCUUGGAUUUAGACAUCUGA